AUGAAAAUGAAACAAGCUGUUCAUUACAGGCGUAUAAAGCGUUACGACAUUUUGACUAUAGAAAAACUAAUUGCACCUAUGAAGAAGGAGGAUGGAGAAAUAAGGUAUUACAUUUGUUACGAGGAUUUAUUCAAUAUUCUCGAAGAAACGCGUGUUGCUGUUGGCCACGGUGGAAGCACACGGAUGCUUAAGGAAUGUAACCGCAAGUAUAAAAAUGUAACAGUUGAGGCUACUAUGACAUAUUUGAAGCUAUGUCAACCUUUCCAAAAGAAACAGAUUUUGAAAAAGGGCAUUGUUGUCAGACCUAUACUUCACAGUGAAAUGAAUUCACGCUGUCAGGUUGAUCUAAUAGAUCUACAAACUACCCCAGAUCGAAAUAAAUUUAUUUUAGUUUACCAAGACCAUCUUACCAAAUCUGUGAUCUAUCGUGCGCUUCAAACUAAACGCACCGUAGAAGUUGCAUACCAUCGUUUGGAUAUUUUCACCAUUUUUGGAGCGCCGAGCAUCCUUCAUUCCGAUAAUGGUCGAAAAUUCUCUAACCAAGUUAUUGAGAGUUUAUGCUCUAUGGGGCUGGAUGUAAAAAUCGUACAUGGAAAGGCAAGACAUAGCCAAAGUCAAGUAUCAGUAAAGCAUGCUAAUCAAGACAUAGAAAAUAUGUUCAGUACGUGGAUGGAAACCAAUCAGAUAUCAAAGUGGUCAGAUGGUUUAAGAUUUAUUCAGGCAAUGAAAAAUAGAGCAUAUCACGAGGGAAUCAAAUGUUCCCCCUACAAAGCAAUGUUUGGUUGUCCAAUGAAAAUGGGCCUUGCAACUUCAGCAAUCCCUAGUGAUAUGAUUAGAGUUAUAAAAUAUGAUCAAGAUUUAGAGAAAUUGUUGCAUUCGCAUGACAAUAUGAAACAAAAUAAUGAUGUCUAA